ACUUCCGCAAACAAGUCCGCGCAGCCCUCCGCAGUCGAUGGCUUCAACAAGGCGGCUUUUCCAAGUGUCCACUUUUGCCUUCAUCCCUUAUCAUUAAUGUCUCACUGACCGUUGUCAUGGCGGCCAACAGCCGCUGCUCCGCGGCCGAGCCUCCGGAUUUGGAGACGCAGCGGCGGGAGGUCGAGUAUCUGCUCCGGGACUGCGAGCUUCGCGCCGGGGACAGUUGGUUCAUGGUGGACCACCGUUGGUACGAACAGUGGAAGGAGUUUGUGGAAAGCGGAGACCAGAACUCAUCCUGUCCUGGUCAGAUUGACAACACUGAGCUGUUUGAGGAUGUGUGUUCAAACCACCUUAAAGAACGUCUGGUGGAGAACGAGGACUUUGUGUUGGUGCCGGCUGCGGCGUGGCACAAGCUUCUGUCCUGGUAUGGGAUGGUGGACCAGCAGCCGCCACUGGAACGCAAGGUGGUGGACCUGCCCAGCACGCUCAAAGUGGAAGUUUACCCAGUGGAGAUCUUCCUCUGUCUCCAUGGUAACAUGGAGAAUGUCACUACGGCACAGUUUAGCCGCACGGACAGCAUACAUUCAAUCCAGAUGGCCAUGUGUCGGGCCUUCUCACUGCCGCCGACGUGCGAGUGUCGCCUGUGGAUGAAAAGUUCCGAAAACAACUGUGAACGCCUCAGGAACGUCCACAUGAGUGUCCUGGACGCCUGCCUGAGCUCAGGCAUGACAGUGAUUAUGGAGACGAGGAAUGCUGACGGCACUUGGCCGAGCACCAGACCUUUAAUUCUGAGGAACUCGGUGGAGGAGCAAGACUCGUAUCGAGGUCAGCCUGGCGUCUGCGGCCUCACAAACCUCGGCAACACCUGCUUCAUGAACUCUGCUCUGCAGUGUCUAAGCAACACUCCCCCGCUGACCGAGUACUUCCUGCAAAGCAUCUACCUGGAGGAGCUCAACUUCUCCAACCCGCUGGGCAUGAAGGGGGAGAUCGCCGAGGCAUACGCAGAUGUCAUCAAGCAGAUGUGGUCGGGCCACCACUAUUCGGUGGUACCGCGCGUCUUCAAGACGAAGGUGGGCCACUUUGCGUCUCAGUUCCUGGGCUACCAGCAACAUGACAGUCAGGAGCUGCUCUCCUUCCUGCUGGACGGCUUGCAUGAAGACCUGAACCGAGUCAAGAAUAAAGAAUAUAUUGAGCUGCGAGACGCCGAAGGACGUCCGGACCAGGAAGUAGCUGAGGAGGCGUGGCGGAACCACAAACGGCGCAACGACUCAGUAAUAGUCGACACCUUCCACGGCCUCUUCAAGUCCACGCUCAUCUGUCCUCAGUGCCACAAGGUGUCUGUAACUUUUGACCCAUUCUGCUACCUGAGCAUUCCACUUCCUGUCAGCAAGGAGCGUGUCAUGGAGGUCUUCUUCAUCUCGCUCGAUCCGUAUGCCAAACCCAUGCAGCAUCGCGUUCUAGUUCCCAAGGUGGGGAAAGUGUUGGACCUCUGCUUGGCUCUCUCAGAAAUGACCCAAGUUCCAGAAACUCAGAUGGUGGUUGCUGACGUGUUCAAACAUCGCUUUUACAAAAUCUACACACCAGAUGAAUCUCUGAGUUGCAUCCUGGACCGAGACGACAUUUUUGUGUACGAGUGCAGUGCACAAAGUGACCAGCAGGUGCUGCUGGCGCUCUACCUGAGGGAGCGCGCCCACUACAGAGACUACGGCUCUGUCAGCACCACGCUCUUCGGACAUCCGCUGCUGCUUAGUGUGCCGCGCAGCAGCUGCAGCCCAGAAGCGCUCUACCAAAUUUUUCUGCAAAGACUGGCACGCUACGUGCGAGCGCCCAACCCCUCCGGGGAGCUGGAAGAAGAUGACGACGACGAUGAAGAGGAGCUGUAUAAAAGUCAGACCAAUGGCAUCAGUGACGAUGACGAGCAGGACGACGCGGAGCCGACGGGUUCCUCGCAGUCGGAGGCGUGCUAUGCUGACGGGCCGGCAAACACUCGGCACCAGGAUCCCAUCGCUCCAUCAGAGGUCCACAUUCGCCCGCCACCUCCUGAAGAGGGCGACGUCCACAGCAUGUGCACCGGCGCCCCCAAGCCCCUCUGCAGCGGCGACGCCGGUCCAAGCGACGGGCACAUCCACGCCCGCGGCGAGGAGAGCCGGGCUGAAGUGGAUGAGGAGGGGAACGAUGAGGCAGAGAAUGAGGAGGAGCCGCCGCAAAGUGAUGCCAUCGCGGAAGAUGACGGCAAGCAGGAGGAGGCGUGUUCUCCCAGCUCGCCAGUCAACGAACAAGCGGCCAAGACAAGGACGUGUCGCAGGAAGAAACGUCUGUUCGACAUCCAGGCAGUCAAUUGCAAUGGCCUCGAGCGGGAGACUGGCCCCAACCUGACCCUCAGCUCCCAGCCGUACGUGGCUCUGGACUGGGAUGCCGAAAUCAAGAAAAGAUUCUACAAUGAAAACGAGGCGGAGAAGUACGUGAAGCACAGCAGCAUGGACGUUCCUCUGCAGCAGACCACCGUCCAGCUGCAGGAGUGCAUCCAACUCUUUACUACUGUGGAAACACUGGAGGAGGAGAACCCAUGGUACUGUCCCGUGUGUAAGAAGCACCAGCUGGCAACAAAGAAACUGGAUCUGUGGUCUUUGCCAGAGGUCCUCAUCAUCCAUCUCAAGCGGUUCUCUUACACUAAGUUCACCAGAGAGAAGCUGGACACCAUUGUGGACUUUCCCCUCAGGAAUUUGGACUUUUCCGGUUGUCUCCUGAGGAAAAAGCUGUCCAAUGGGGAGCCUCCGAGCCGCUACGACCUCAUUGCUGUGUCCAACCAUUAUGGGGGACUCCGAGAUGGACACUACACCAGCUAUGCACGUAACAAGGACAAUGGUCAGUGGUACUACUUUGAUGACAGCAAAGUGACGUAUGCCACAGAGGAGCAGAUCAUGACCAACGCCGCCUACGUGCUCUUCUACCAUCGCCAAGACAAGAUGAGGAAACCUUGUGUGGCCACACCCUCCACGAGCUCGGCCAUUUGCACGACAUCCUCAACAAGCACGGCCUCGUCCAUGCAGCCCCCCGAGGCGGACGUGUCUGCAGUAACGCCGUCAUGCGCCUCCGCCUUUGCCGAGCUCACCAUGGAGACGGACUGAACGUCAGAUGAGUUUAGUGGGUAAAUUCUGCUGUAAUGUUUUUUUGUUUUUUUAAAUCCCAGCAACAGUCGCAUGUCUCACGAUAUGUAAUUGAACACUUUGAUCGGACUUUUAUUGGCCAAAACAACCAUGAUUUUAUGAGACGGUGGAAAUCUAUGAAUUCAGACACUAAUUGAAUAGAUGAAGAAAGUCUAUGGAUUAAGAAACACUAAUCGGAUUGGCAGAUGAUCAUGGAACUCAGAGAUGCUGUAUUCUGAUUAGAUAAAGAAAAAUCUAUGAAUUCAGAUGCUAACUUGGUCGGACCAAGAGAACAUGUAUGAAUUCAAACUAAUUUGCUUGGAUGAUGAGAAUCGAUGAUUCCAAACAGCCACAGUUUUUGUUCCUCAGUUCAGGUUUUCUUCACCAAGACUUGAACCCCCCAAAAUGACUUCAGAGACUUAUUUAACUGGAGCAGGAGUAGGCAACUCCUGUCCUUAAUAUUUCCUUUGCCAAGUUUGUACAUGAUGACUUUGGGCUUCUUUUUUUUUUGUACAUUUUGCUUGUGCUAUUUAUUGUGCGUCAUGUGACCUGGUGAGGCCAUAGAGGCGCUUCUUUAUUUCCUCCAAAACAUUUGCUUGACAGCAGUGACGCUGUACAGUAUUUUUCUAACAGAGCUUCUUUAUAUGGAAACUGGUCAGGCUUUCACUGGUCUUCCUGUUUUGUCAAAUAUGCAAAGAUUUUUUUUAAGAAUUUUGAAAUAAAAGGACACUUAUGUCA